AGUCGCUCUGCACGAGGAACGACUCCAGGUGCCUGCCAGACCCUUGCCAAAACUCUACGUGCGCUGCUGGUCGUAAAGACGACACUUGCAGCUGCGCGGACGCAUCAGUGGACAGCGUGGAGGAACUCUGCAAUAAAACCUCUGAUCCUUGCUCCUCGAACCCUUGUCUUCAAAACGCUACCUGUUCGAGCUCUGCUGGGAACCUCAGCUUUACUUGCGACUGCCCUUCUGGGUAUAAGGGACCUACCUGUGAAACAGCCAUCAGCGCAUGCGACACGAACCCUUGUGAGCACGGAGGCACCUGCCAAAACGGCCUGGCUGGGCUCACUUGCCUUUGCAGCGCAGGAUACACGGGUACGCUCUGUGAGCUGGAUUUCGACGAAUGCAUUUCUGAACCGUGCCACAACGGAGCGGUGUGCAGGGAUGGGGUCGAUGAAUACUCCUGCUACUGCGUGCCAGGCUACCAAGGCAAGCACUGUGACCUGGAAGUGAAUGAAUGCAUGUCAGACCCCUGCCUGCAUGGGGCAACGUGUCUCAACCAGAUCGGACAGUACGACUGCAUCUGUCCACUUGGGUACACAGGUACAAACUGUGAGCUGGAAAUAGAUGAGUGCACGUCCCAGCCGUGCCUGAACGGUGGGACCUGCCGCGAUUCCCUGGCAAGCUUCGCCUGCUCCUGCACGCCAGGAUUUCUUGGUGACCUCUGUGAAACCAACAUCGACGAGUGUGCCAGCCGGCCGUGCCGCAACGGGGGACAGUGCAUGGACAAGGCCAAUGGGUACAGCUGCAACUGCACCGGCACUGGAUUUAUGGGCCUGCACUGCGAGACCCUAAUUCCCUUAUGUUGGUCACAACCAUGCUAUAAUAACGGCACCUGCGAGGACAAUGCCGACAAUUACACAUGCCACUGUUGGCCAGAUCGCUACGGCCACUUCCCCGGCCUGCCGCCCACCUUCAGCUACGACAAGGCUGAGGGCUAUAUCUGCAGCUGUAAGCCAGGCUUUACCG